CCUGCCCGCGCAUCCGCACGCUGAGUUGCAGAAUGGGCCGGGCCCGUGUCACCGUCGGCCUAGCUCGCAGCUAAAGAUAGUCUCUGUGCCCUUGAGCGUUUGUGCGAGAUGCGGGCACGGUGCCUAUUGACCACAUCAGUCUGACAAUUGCCUGAACUAGGAGGACGUAGAUGUUGAGACUGUAUAAAAAGUCGAGAGGCUGAGCCGGAAAAGCAUCGAUUCAACAACUCAAUCCUCCUCUCAAUCUCCAAAAUGCCUUCCCUCUCCAGUCUCCUCAACUUUGUCUUGCUCGCCGUGAUUGCGUCCGCGGCUCCUUCACAGACCAACACCGCCAAGCGCGCCACCUGCACGGUGAACAGUGUCGCCAGCGCGUCAGGUCUGUCGAGCUGCACGGAUGUCGUGAUCGAGGCAUUCACUGUGCCCGCCGGCAAGACAAUCACGAUCGCGGCGGCCAGCGGUGCCACAGUCACCAUGAACGGCGACAUUACUUUCGCAAAGACCACCGUGAGCGGCCCGCUCAUCACGUUCAACACCCCGAACAUCAACUUCAAUGGCGGGAACCACCGCAUCGACGGAAACGGCGCUCUGUAUUGGGAUGGCCAAGGCACGAAUGGAGGCUCGUUCAAGCCCCAUCCUUUUGUCAAAUUCCAAGGCUACGGAACGUUCUCCUCGGUCACCGUGCUGAACUCGCCAGCCCAAGCGGUUUCGGUCGGCACCACGAGCAAGUCGACGAUCGAGCAAGUGACGGUCGACAACUCUGCUGGUGAUUCCCAGGGCCACAACACCGACGGAUUCGACAUCAGCGCGUCGGACGUGACAAUCACCAACAGCAAGGUGAUGAACCAGGACGACUGCGUCGCCGUUAACUCGGGCGACAGCGUGACGAUCGAGAGCACGACCUGCACGGGUGGCCACGGGAUCUCGAUUGGCUCGAUCGCGUCGGGCAAGUCGGUGACGAACUUCCGUGCGACGGGGAACACGGUCAGCAACAGCAAGUACGGGCUGCGGAUCAAGGUCGAUGCAAACGCAUCCGGUGCAAAGGUAUCUGGUGUGACAUACACUGGCAACACCCUGUCGGGCAUCAGCGACUACGGGAUCCUCAUCUCGCAGAGCUACCCGACCGAGGACGGCACCACUGUCGGGACCGGCGGUCCCAUCUCGAACGUUGCGUUCAACGGCGCGAAGACCACUCUCGCCGUAGACUCUGGGGCAUACUCCGUGGUCGUGAACUGCGGUGCGUGCUCUGGGACCUGGGACUGGUCUGGCCUCGACGUGACUUCGGCUGGCAAAGGCCACAAGCUGUCGGUGAACCAGGCGAAGAUCUCUGGAGGCACUUACUGA